UACUUGUCCUUAGUAGUUGGUCUCCUAGCGGCUCUCUCACGUGCUUCCGUUACACAAGGGGAAGGUAAUACUGCGCACGCGCUCACGCCCAGUGCAUGCCGGAACUUGUAGUGUUUCCUCGUGCUCUCCGGCAGCCAUAUUGUUUACAGAAAACCCCAUAAUCGUUAUGGAAACACUGGUAUCGGUCGGGGGAGCGGUAACUCCACUUAAACGCAGACACUUCGCAAAGGACGGCAACACAGAGCCCGGGCAAGGCGUGAGAGGAGUGGGUGUAGACGGUGCCACGCAGCAGCACAACAAACAAAUCAAAUGCCAUAAUUCGCAAAAGUCCCGCCCAGUGACGUUUAUUGACCUCGCGCGUAAUGGUCACGUGGUUUAAAAGCAACGUAUUUAGAUACGUAACACCGAACAUUUAGUGCCGAAAGCGCAUGCUCAGUUCAGCAGCCACCACAGACUGGUGCUUAAUAUUAGGACUGUACUGUUUGACCAUUGCAUAUUGUCCGUAUCAUAGAGGGGACUGGUAAUUCCCCCGCACCCUCAGAGCUCAGUCCCACUAGUUUUCUAUUCUCUCCCAUGUUCCCGUUUCCAUGGCAGCCGCUUCCCGCCUCUACCUCAAAGUACAUGCCCCGCCCCGUUAGCACCACGUGAGGAGAGUUCCUGGCCCGGGCGAUGUUGCCAUGGUAGCGGCCAGACGCUUGUGGUAACAGUUUUGCUGUAGAGACGGAGCGCGCGGAAUCCCUGUGUUUUGUCACUUGCGGAUGAGAAUCAUGAGUGAGACCGUCACCCACCGGCCUGGCCCUGGGGCUCGUUACCGACCCAACCGAGCGUACGACUUCCUCUAUGAUCCGUUAUACACGCUGUCCAGUGAGAAGGAUCACGCACACGCAAGCUUCAGGGCUCAGCUGUCACAUGACCGCAUGCAAAAGGUGCCAGUUUACCCCACAAUGUUUAGUGAGUUGGUGCACAAGCCCCGCUACUCCCUGAGGCUGCAGCUCAAGGAUCCAGUGCCCCAGUUUAUGGAUCGGCGCUGGAGGGGAAGAGCAGAACAACGGCUGAAUGCACUGAAGCAACUGGCACAAUCUCAGGUACCAACUCUCCCACCCCAGGAACUGGGUGCUACUGGAGGGGUGUCAGGGCGGGACCGGUACAAGUACUUUGAGCGGCCUCUGGUUCCAUUCGUUCAGCAGGUUCCACCCAAUGUUCUACUAGCCAUCUCCAGGGCCGAUCUCAGUCCUGCUCCAGACAGGCCGGCAACUCCUCUGGUACGAACUGUGGCCAUUCAGACGGAUUACCGUGACAGCGAGGCUCAGACAGACCCCUACAGCCCUGAAUAUGUGGCAUGCUCCGGAUCAGUUCCUGAGCUGCUGACUCUUGCCAAUCUUACCUGGGGCCGUGGGCUUCCGGCUGGGCUCGCAGAAGUGGAGAUGAUAGAACGAGCCAGGGAGAAGCGGGCGUGGGAGGCAACUCUGCCCCCCCUGAGUGAUGUCUCUCAGCUGGAGAAGAGGAGGAAGAUGCUAGAUGAGCAGGAGAGGAAGGAGUGGGCCUUUAGAGAGAAGGAGAUUGAGAAGCUGCAGGAAGCACGUCUGGAAGUGCUGAGGAAGCUUUUGCAGAAGAGAGAGGAGAAGCAGAAAGAGAUUGAUACAAAGAGACUGGACUCACAUUGGUCUAAGCGCCAAGCAGAGAAAGAAGAGAGAAUCAAACAGAUCCGCAAAAAGCACAUUACAGCAAUCAGGAAACUGACGGGUAAAAUGAACAAUGUAGAAGGCAAACUGGAGAGGAGGAAUAUCAUCAAGGAAUUUAAUGACUUUGCCUCCCAGACCUAUGCGCCCCUGUCUCGAAUUGGUUACUUUCCAGAUCGCCUAGCUGAGCAGUAUUUGGUGAAAAGCCCUUUCCUGAACUCCUACCAAGGGCUUCUAGAGUUGGAGGCAAAUCUCCCAGACUUCGUCACCCAACCACGGGUAAAGGUUCCCAAGGUUCGAACCACCACCAGGAGUGGCUUUCUGAAACGCACAGCUGUCCUGGACCGUGAAUUGGAGCAAGUCCAUUCGGCUCUGCUGGCAAACAAAACCAAGACUCAAGCUUCUAAGAAACCUCUUCGCUUCCUGGAAAAGAUAGAGAAACCAGCUCCUAGGCCUGAGACCCCCAGAGUGCAGGAUCCCCCUGAGGGAGAUGAAGAGAAGGAGCUGGCAGUGAUCUUAUUACAGAAAUUAAUCCGUGGGCGAGCGAUACAGAACAUGAUGUUUGAAGGAAAGGAGAAGCGCCUGGAAUUGAUCCAAGAAUUGCGCACAACGCACGCCCUGCAGGAGGAGGGGCAGCUGCUGAAGAAGGCGGAGAAACAGGCAACCCUGGCAUUACAGCGUCAGAGAGAACUCGGCGAGCACAAGGCCUCUGUUUUAGAUUUGCAUCUGUCCGAGCUUGAAGGCGAGGUUCUCUCAGACAUGUUUGACUUCCUCUCCAAAGAGUUGGUGAGGCUGCAGGAGGAGCGCAGGAUCCAUGCCUUUGCCAUGUUGGCUGAGCGGCAGCGGCGCAUUCGAGAAGCAGAGGAGAGUGGGAGGAGACAGGUGGAGGAGCGACGCAGGCGAGAGGAGGAUGAAAUCUUCAGGCAGCUUGUCCAGGUUCAUCAGAGCACAGUGGACUCGUACCUGGAGGAGAUUAUUCUCAGCGCAACAGAGCACACGGCCGAGGAGCAGGCCCGCGAGGAGAUUCAGAGGAAGGCCGAGGAGAUCAAUGACAUUGCUUAUCAGAUGGAAAGCAGUCGCACUCGGAUCCAGUCAGAGGAAAUUGUUGCAGAACUGGUCUAUAGUUUCUUGAUCCCAGAGGUGCAGAAAACAAGUGUGCGGGAGAGAGUGCGGAGGUCACAACGGAGGCACAUUCAGGCCGCACACCAGGUUAUCUGCGGGGACACCCAGGCUUUCCUGGAAUCACGGAAUACAUUCAGUGGCAAUGGCUCUGCCCCACGUGACGCCACAUUACAGGACACACAUGACAUAGAGACACAGGCCCUGCUGCAGGAUACUUGUUGUAUAGAGAGUCCAUACAGUGGCAAUGUCUCCACGCUAGAAAGAGAAGCCACGUUACAGGAUAUAUGUGGCACUGAGAGAGAGGUCCCAGCACAAGAUAUAUGUGGCACUAAGAGAGAGGUCCCAGCACAAGAUAUAUGUGGCACUGAGAGAGAGACCCCAGCACAAGAUAUAUGUGGCACUGAGAGAGAGGUCCCAGCACAAGAUAUAUGUGGCACUGAGAGAGAGACCCCAGCACAAGAUAUAUGUGGCACUGAGAGAGAGACCCCAGCACAAGAUAUAUGUGGCACUGAGGGAGAGGUCCCAGCACAAGAUAAAUGUGGCACUGAGAGAGAGACACCAGCACAAGAUAUAUGUGGCACUGAGGGAGAGGUCCCAGCACAAGAUAUAUGUGGCACUGAGAGAGAGGUCCCAUCACAAGAUAUAUGUGGCACUGAGGGAGAGGUCCCAGCACAAGAUAUAUGUGGCACUGAGAGAGAGACCCCAACACAAGAUAUAUGUGGCACUGAGGGAGAGGUCCCAGCACAAGAUAUAUGUGGCACUGAGGGAGAGGUCCCAUCACAAGAUAUAUGUGGCACUGAGGGAGAGGUCCCAGCACAAGAUAUAUGUGGCACUGAGAGAGAGGUCCCAUCACAAGAUAUAUGUGGCACUGAGGGAGAGGUCCCAGCACAAGAUAUAUGUGGCACUGAGAGAGAGACCCCAGCACAAGAUAUAUGUGGCACUGAGGGAGAGGUCCCAGCACAAGAUAUAUGUGGCACUGAGGGAGAGGUCCCAGCACAAGAUAUAUGUGGCACUGAGAGAGAGACCCCAACACAAGAUAUAUGUGGCACUGAAAGAGAGAGAGAGACCCCAGCACAAGAUAUAUGUAGCACUGAGGGAGAGGUCCCAGCACAAGAUAUAUGUGGCACUGAGAGAGAGGAGGAGCAAUGUGAUACACAUGGAACAGACUGAGCAGAUCUGUUGUACAUGAGUGAUAUGAGCAGAGAGUAUGGUCCAUCCCUUCUGGUAAAGGCAACAGCAAUAAUUGUAAUUUCCUGCAUAUUAAGCUCAGAGGGGUGGGGUGCCCCAAAUUAUAAGCAGCUGACACUGAGCAGAAAAGCAAUAAAUCCACUUCAAAGCC